UUCUACUCACUUGCCAUGGUAGUAGAGAUUAUUGGAGGCAUUAAAUCAAACAGCCUUGCUGUUUUAACGGAUGCAGCACAUAUGUUCAGCGACAUGGCUGGUUUCGCCAUUUCUCUCUUUGCUGUAUGGGCUUCUGGCUGGAAAGCUACAUCGAAUCAGUCAUUUGGGUUUUACCGCCUCGAAGUUUUAGCAGCUCUGUUAUCGGUACAACUUAUCUGGUUAAUCUCAGGGAUCUUAACAUAUGAAGCAAUAGAUAGAAUUCUUCAUGACAGAGAGAAAAUCAAUGGGAAAGUCAUGUUCUUGGUUGCUGCAUUAGGGUUCUUAGUUAAUUUAACCAUGGUUGUAUGGCUCGGUCACAAUCAUGAAAAUCACCACCAUUCACAUCAUGAUCAUAAACCCAAAGUUUCCGAAGAGACAAUAAACUUAGUUUCUGAAUCUCAUGAAAAAGAAAACAAAAUGAAUAUAAAUCUUCAAGGAGCAUACCUGCAUGUGGUGACGGAUUUGAUUCAGUCCAUCGGAGUGAUGAUUGCCGGGGCAAUCAUAUGGGUAAAGCCGAACUGGGUGGUUAUAGAUCUUGUGUGUACAUCGGCUUUUUCUCUCCUCGUUCUGAUUAGUACGCUGUCCAUGCUCGAGAACGUUUUGGGUAUACUGAUGGAGAGGGUACCAAGGGAAAUUGAUAUUAUCGGUCUGGAAAAAGGUCUCAAUUGUCUAAAGGAUGUUUCUGAGGUUCAUGAUCUGCAUGUCUGGUCUCUCACUGUUGGGAAAAUUGCCAUGUCUUGCCAUGUAUUAGUGGAACCUGGAGUUGAUUCUAAGAGAAUUCUCCAUGAUGUUCGGCAAUAUUGCGAAAAAUAUCGAAUUUAUCAUGUAACUGUGCAAGUGGAGCAGAAAUGA